CCCGACCAGAGCGUCACGCCGGGCGCCCCUCGUGCCUCGCACCUCGUGCCUCGGGCUAACGUGGAGCCCACGUCUCCCGUCUCGCUGUCACGACCAUAUCACACACGCGCGCGUCGCGUCACACGUGCUACCUGCGCGUGACACUCGGCACGUCACGACGUCAGAGAGCGCCUCUCCUCUCGGUGAAUCUUGCUCACGAGCCUCUCGCGCCGAGGAUCGCCCUGGCUGGACAAAUUCGGCAUUCCACGACGAGCCCGCCGUGUCCAGUCGUUCGUCAAAGUCGGUCACUCGCUGUGUCGCGAUCCCGGGAUUGGACGCGUGUUACACGAUGACGUUUUCACGGACAGGCCCGACGCACUGGCUGUGAUCCGCCGACGCACGAUGGUGCGCGCCGACGGUGUUCCUGGUGACGCGAAGCUGUCGAGAGUCGCGUGGACGAUUUGAGCGCGAGUCUAGUCGGGUGAAAGAAAAGAAGCGUUGCGCGUGUAAUAUCGACGGUGAUCCCGCGGAGAUGAGCGUGCCCGGACCAAAUGCCGGGGAAGAUCGGUAGCGCGUCGUUCUCGCGCGGAACGACCGCGGAAUCGCGGAUCUCGAGGACCUCGCCGCCGGCUAGCUCGUCUCGUCGAAAAGUUUGACGCUUAUGCGCCAACGGGAACUCGCUUCCGCGCUCGUUGUCUCUGUGAGAACGGUCGUCCCGAGAGGUGACGUGAUUUCGCGUCGAAGCGCUUCAUGAUUAAGGUAGACGUGCACUGCGUUUCCUCUUUCGCCGUCAAACUUUCCCGGACGUCUUCGUAAUCGCGAGAGCAAGAGAGAUCGGGACUCGUGUAAUCAUUAGGACACGUUAUCAUCUGUGAUCCCCCCGAACUGUCGGCCGACGCGAGCGUCGAUAAUUCGCGCGGAGGUUAGCCGCGAUAGCGCGUCUGCCGCUUUAAUAACCGCGCCGCAACCGAUGAUUGAUGAUCCUCAACUUCCGGACGAGGAGUCCUCGUGUAGAACGCACGUGAGUCGUUAGCGGCCAGAAACGAACGCUCUCUCGGUCAUUUUAUCGCGCCGAUCGCGACGUAUUGCUGGACAGAUUGGGCUCGUCCUCGAGAGACGUCCUCGGUUGUGUAUCGGCAGGCGUAUUGUGUUGACUGACUGACGCGUCCGUCCGGACGGACGGGAGCUCUUCUCUCCUCGAGUGCGACAGAGUCAAGGUGUCGUCUGACUGACCGCGAGCCGCCGUUGAUGAGCUCCGACUCGUUUUUCGCACCGCUUGACAAUACACUUCUCCGUUCGUGUUCGCGAGCAUGUGCACGCGGAGUGAUCUCGUACCCGCAUCUGGUGCGUAGACGAGUUCGCGCCAAGUGUGUUUCGGACAAUACAGAUUAUUCCGACCACGAGGACCGGACGCUGCGAACGCGGCUGGCAGGACGUAGAUUUACACGCCACGCUCGGCUGAAGAGAGAGCCCGACUGCUCAUCGGUUCCCGGAAUUGGAUUACGCCGCGCGCGACCGCAGCAUUUUUAAGAACGAAGCUCUCGACAGCGUCCGCCCAACAACGUCCCGCCGCAUCUCGACGACGAGUGCGGAGACAGCCGGGCUUCGUCGCCGUCCAACUUUCUCAUUCAAGAUGUUUUGAGAGCAAUUUAACUUGGACUCCGGUCGGACGCGCGGUCGAUCGGCCGGCCGAAAAGUGUCAGAAGCAGAGCCGCCAGGCGACGGUGGAAUAGAAGAAGCGUCGCGGCAGAGCGCGAUUCGCAAAUUCGCGACGGGCACGGGGCCACGUGAUCGGGCGAAUUAGCGGACUGUCCGCGGGACCCGAGAUCGUUUUCCCCGAGGUCCGUCCCGGCCGGCUCUCGACCUCGGCUGUCCUCUCGCCGACCUCGACGAUCAAGGUCGCCGCGCGGUUAUGCUGGUGGCGUCGCUGCAGGUGGCCGCCAGCAAAUGCUGUCAUGCUGCUGCCAUGCCAGCCGGCGGCCCGGAGCCGGCCGCUGGUCGCGAGGACCCCGAUCGGACCCAAGUCUACCCGGCGCUCCUGCGUAGGACUCGCCUUGCUGAUCGUCCUGCUAAGCCUGACCGACGACGGCCGGGCAGCCUCUCAGCCUGCGACCCGCUACGCCUCGCGCAUCGUCGAGACCAAGAGCGGACAGAUACGCGGAAUACUUCAGGAACUGAACAGCCGGCACUUGGACCCCGUGGAAGUGUUUCGCGGAAUACCUUACGCCGCGCCUCCCGUGGGAGAUCUAAGGUUUCGUGCCCCGAUCUCGCCGAUACCUUGGAACGGUGUCAGGCUGGCGGAUACCUUCGGCACGGUGUGCCCGCAAAACUAUCCGGACAUCGUCAAUGACACCGCGGCGCUCCUGCAGAUGCCGCUUGGCAGGUACCAGCAGCUCAAGAAGAUGAUCGCCUUCUUGACGAAUCAGAGCGAGGACUGCCUCUUUCUCAACUUGUACAUACCCGGAAGCGGAUCUCGAGGACUGGAGGCGCCGUACGCGGUGAUGGUGUACGUUCACGGUGAAAGUUUCGAAUGGGGAUCGGGUAACUUGUACGACGGAUCGGUCCUGGCGAGCGCUGGCCACGUCAUAGUGAUCACGCUCAACUAUCGUCUCGGCAUCUUAGGAUUCCUGAGGACCCGUCCGUUCCCCGAUAGGACCAGCGGAUCUGGCGGGAAUUUGGCGUUGAAGGACAUCACGAUGGCACUCCGCUGGGUGCGCGAAAACAUUGGCGCCUUCGGCGGCGAUCCAACGCGGAUAACUAUAAUGGGCCACGAUACGGGAGCUGCGCUAGUGAAUCUGCUGUUGCUCGCACCUUACAGCAAAGGAUUAUUUCAUCGCGUGGUAUUGUCCAGCGGCUCGGCACUGAGUCCUUGGGCCUCGGUGCACGAUCCGAACGAUCUCAGGACCAAAAUCGGCGAGCAAGUAGGCUGCCCGACCGACGGCGAUGAGGACAUCGCCAACUGCCUUCGCGGAGUGCCGUUGGAGACCCUGAUGGACGUGCAGCUUCCGGAGAUCAGAUUCGUUCCGCGCAUAGGACCCGGUCUGCCGGUGGACCAAAAUAAUCCCGACCCGGGCCUAGACAUGGAGCGGGCGAGCGACGCAUUCAUCAAGGUGCCGUUGAUCCUGGGCGUCUCCACAACCGAGUCCAACCUCGAUUUCAACGCCAACGACAUCCAGUUCGGCUUCGAGGAGGAUCACCGGAACCGCAUUCUGCGCACCUUCAUUCGCAACGCCUACGUCUACCAUCUGAACGAGAUCUUCUCGGCGGUGAGGAACGAGUACACGGACUGGGAUAAGCCGGUGCUUCAUCCCAUCAUAAUAAGGGACUCGACGAUGGAGGCGUUGAGCGAUGGCCACACGGUAGCGCCGCUCAUGAGAAUCGCCUUCUAUCAUGCGAGGAGGGGCGCCAAGACGUACUUCUAUCACUUCAAUCAUCAGUCCAAGGACAGCGGCUACUUGCAGCGGUUGGGGAGCGUGCGUGGCGAGGACAUACCGUACAUUUUCGGGCUGCCGCUGGUGGCAGGCGGGGCUUUCUUCCCGCGGAAUUAUUCCCGACAAGACCAGGGCGUUGCGGAGGCCGUCCUCACCUUCUUCACCAAUUUCGCCAAGACCGGCAACCCGAACGAGCCGCACAAGAUCGAGUCGGUCGACUACGGCACACCGAAGGAGAAGACGCGAUUCCGCGGUCUCACAUGGGAACAAUACGAGACAGGAUCUCAGCAGUAUCUCACGAUAGCAUUGAAGCCCAAGAUGAAGAGCCACUAUCGCGGACACAAAAUGGCAGUGUGGCUUAAUUUGAUACCGCAGCUGCAUCGUCCCGGCGACGACGACGUUUCUAUGCGGCAUCACCACUUUAGGGAACGCGGCGACCACUAUUACGCAGGGCCGGUGCGAGACGAAUGGUACACGCCGCUGCCGCUGACAGGCACGACCCGGACGAGCGCCUCCUCGACCACUGCCUGCAGUACGUCCACGGGUGAGGAAAGCCUCGCCGAGGAUAUCACGCCGAUCUUGGACGACUCUGAGGACGAUGCCGAGCUGCUGCAGCGAUUGGCAUCCCGUCACUACUACAGCACGACCACCGCCCUGGCGAUCACCGUGGGCGUCGGCUGCAUCCUCCUGGUGCUGAACAUGCUGAUCUUCGCCGGCAUUUACUACCAGCGGGACCGCGACAAGAAGCGCGCCACCAUGGACUGCAGGCCUAACGGCCAGGAAUCACUGCCACUCACUACUAGGACAUCCAUAAAGUCCUCGGAGAACCCGCGACCCGCUCAGGAACCUCCGCCGUCGUACACAACCUUGGCGAGGAGUCCCUCGAUCCAAGAGCAACACCAGCAACAGCUCGCCCAGUCCCCGGAACUUCAGAACGGCGAGCAGUCGCGGAAAGAGUCGCGAUCCAGCCACGGGACCAGCAACACCAUCCACAAGGAUCCCAUCCCGCCGAAACCGCCCACCCGCACCACCAGCUCUCUCAGCACCUCUUCUGGAACCAACACCAUUAAGAAGCGCGUGCAAAUACAAGAGAUAUCCGUAUAGCAUUAGGGGUUGCCCCCAGAGGGCAACAACUCGCGGACAAAGCGGGUGACCUUCGUGGACGCGCAGGCCAGCGCCGAGUCCAGGUUCUGAUCACGAUCGAUCGAUCAGUCGGAACUCUUGGUCUGUCGCGACCACGCGAAUAUGACUCGAAUCGGCCGACGAGGGAAAUCGCGAUCGAUCUUUCCCCGUGGCGCACGAUUCGUUAUCGCGCGUGUAUCGCGCGAAUUAACAGUGCUGAGUACUCAAGUCAAGCUGACGCGGCUGAUGGUGACGGGACGUUGUUGCUGGCGCCAGUGGCCGAUCAUUAGCGAGAGCGUUAUUGCUUGAAGCACAGCGCGGCCAUCUGGCUGACCAUAACGCGCUCACGCCACUGGACUGCCCGAACCGUUAUUACCGAGCCGGCUUAUCGUGUCCGACCGUUACCACUUAAGGGACAUUGUGGAUGGUUCUUUCUACCGGUAGAAAUGUAAGGUUGCACGUGAUCGUUACCGCUGAUAAAGACAUGGAUUGUAUGUAGUUGCUACUUAGGAGAGGUAGGAUAUCGAUGGUUUCCGAGGAGGAGGACAUAGCUCGUGGGAACGUUAAUAAAAUACGCUAUACCGGACGCUCUCGAAAUGUCUCCCUUUCUUCUUCCAGCGAUCAUUGUUGCUGGUAUCGAAGACAUCGAUGCGGCGUCUCUUGGCAAUUUCAUUUGUCGUAACUAUGAAUCUCUUUUGAGGACAGCGGGAAAUAGGUGGCCUUAAGUACUAUUGCAGCAUGUAAAGGAAAAGGGAGGAAAAAGAAGAGAAAAGAGGACGCAUCGAUGUCUUCGACGAUAACGAGCGAAGGAAGGCGCCCGGCGGGAAAUCAUAGGGGCCAGCACGGUACAUGAAUAAGAAUUCGCGCGUCCUCGUGUCGGAUUCGAGAAUAUCUUCGUCAAAGCGUUCGCGUAAGAACAUUAUUGGAUCGUCGCGCUAAUCGGUGUGUAAUUAGCGACAGCUUCGACGACGACGAGACGCGAAGACUCUCGAAACGAUCGGAAUUUCAGGGUCGUGUACAUGUAUACGCGCACCCCUACAUACAUCCGACACAUACGCACACAUACAUACACAAUCGCGAAGCAUGUCGUCGGCGCUUUGUGCAGCAUCGAUCGGAAGGAAAAGACACUCGACGGAAACGGAUCAAACGGAUCGUCGCGAUAAGUGACCCAAUAUUCGAGCGACACUACUAUAGCGCCUGGCAUGAGAGAGAGAGAGAGAGAGAGAGAGAGAGAGAGAGAGAGAGAGAGCUCUCGCAAAUGGCAGCACCACUUGUCUCUUCUGUAAGACUGCGACACACAAGCGAGAGCGUGCAACUGUGUUUGAAGCCACAACUUUCGAAGCUCACGCGUAAUUCCGAUCGAAGAGGGCGGUGGCUUUAUAGCGCGCCCGCGUCCUUUCGGCACUCACUCGGCCGGAAAGCGCAAUUCUCCGACCACGAGAUUUCGCCGAGCAUUCGUGUGCAAAUGAACAAUCGCACGCUUGUGCUCUCUUGUGUGUCGCAUUCGAGCUUAGCGAAGCUCGAAGCCAAAAUCGAAUUGCGCCGAGCGUGAUGAAGCGGCUCGACCCUCAAGAGUACCAAGUCCGCUUGAGAAUUCUGUCUCCAAGUGUUCUUCUCGUAGGCAGUAGUUCAAUGGUGAUGAGCAUCGUGUCGCCGUGCGCGGCUGGGACGCUCCGUUCUGACGAUAAUCCAGAGGCCAUGAUCUUUCAUUCGUGAGUUUCUCGCGUGCGAACCUCGAGCCUCCGACUGACACGAGCAUCGUCGAGGCACCAGUCGAGAGAGGCGCGCGAUGUGUGUCUAAAUUGAGAAAAAGAAUACUUGAAGAUUUAUUUGUGAAAUAUCAAGUUAGAGAGAUAAACUUGAUAUCUCACAAAUCAAUAUUCAAAUAUUUUUUCCUCAGUGUACUACUGUCUGAUCCUUACCGAAUUAUUUAUUUUGCACGAAGUCUCUGUCUUCGUGAUCGUUGCGACGAAUUCUUAACUUUACGUCGGAGUUAGUCGCGUAAGAGUGAAGACUCGUGGGUGUAUCGGAGCGAGCCUGAACGAAGAGACUCUCAGAGUGGUGAGUUUCUGCUUCCUGGACACUAUGCAUUCGAACACUCGCAUGUUUGAGGCCAAGCUCGCGUGAAUUAUACACCGACGAGUCAUCACCUACGAUCGAAUAUCUGCUCAAAAAAAAAAAAACAAAACACGUAACGCUCAGAAGUUGAUAAAGCUCAGAGAACGUAAUUUCCCUUCAAGUAGAAUAAAAGUCGUCGAAGACUCGUGGCUUUCUCUUUCUCUCUAUUUGUCUGUCUCUCUUUCUCCCCCACGACCAAGUAUCCUAAGACGUGAUCGUGUUUGCGGAGAUACAUUUUAUCUUUGUAGCGGUCCUUAAUCCCGAAUUAAUAUUCAUGACCUGGCAUCGCGCGCUUCCAUCAGACUCCGCGGUGAAUAUUAAGUUUCGAGGAGUCAUCACUGCCGAGUUGUGUACGGUCGAAUCGAGAAAUGCGCUCUUUGAAAUAUCGCGAAGCUGCGAUAUAUCGCGAUAGUAUCGAACGAAGCAGGAUCAUGCGCAACAGUGCAGAAAGGACGGGAGAUCACGAGACGCGCGAGCGUCGCGAGAAGGAUUUCUACGAAGAAGUAAAAGCUGCCAAAGGAGAUUCUUUGUAUAUCCCGUUUAUAUUCCAACUCUCGCGAUUUCUCGCAAUAAUCUCGCGAUCCAUUCGUGUGUAGCAACUAUAACAACGUAACAAUGCUCACAAGAACAGAAUUUUCUAACGAUCGUUAGUGUUACUCCACGCGAAAACCUCAGGGACUUUUCUUUCCAGCCCUGAGAUGUGUCCCCCAAGUAAAGCGAAUUUCGAAGUCUCAAGGAUCUCAAGAAUUUUUUGAAAAGUCAAGACCGUCUGAAGAGUAAUAAAAGAUCCGUUUAACCGAUUAUCACGUACGACUCAAAGACGCAUGAGAGAGAUUAUAUAUAUGUACUAAUACGAUUAAGAGUGCGUAAAAGCUGUAAUUAAAGUACCACAGUAGCAUUAAUAUGCACAGACUCGGUGUCGCGUAAAAAAUCGUCAAGUGAAACACUGUCGACUUCGAUAACUUUAAGUGCGUACGUCAUUACGUGUAAUUUUUUCAAGGUAAUCGCUCGUGACGGCACGUUGUGAUACUUGCGUGAACGGAUUAUCGGCGCACGUAUGUGACAGCAGUGAAAUUUAAAUACGUGUUAGCUUAGACAACCAAUUUGUAAAUUUCACUGUACAACAAUAAACGCCCGUUUAUAAAAUACACACGCUUUCUUGUCGCUUUAUCUCGUCGUCGGUGAUCGUAGGAAACAAGUUUCGUUGGUUAA